AUGCGCAUCCACGAGAGCGGGAUUGACCACAAUUCCGAUACAGCCACGCCAUCCAACACAUCCACCACGCCCAGACCAAUCCUCGCUCCACCGUCACACGCGUCGACCACCACCACCAACACCACUGCUUCCUCUACAGCUGACACCGACACCGCCGACCUCUCAUGCCCACAUUGUCCACGCACCUUCACCUCACACAUCGGCCUGGUCGGUCACUUGCGAAUCCAUCGCUCAGAGACUGGCGAACCAGUGCCUGGAGCACCAACCUACACUCACCGCACUCGCCUCCACUGCCCACACUGCCCUCGCACCUUCACGCAUCGCAUGGGUCUAUUCGGCCACAUGCGCGUCCACGACGACCUGCGGUAG